AUGAAGGUCCUUGUUGUGCUCGUCCUUGCAGUUUUCACCGGUGAGUAUCUUCUUUGCCUUUAAGAAUUUUGAGAAAUAUUUCUGCUUUUUACAAGAGAAGGACCUAAACGUCUUCCAGAGGAGUGAUUACGCACUGGUAUCAAACCUCUAUUAUAUAUUCCAAUUUCUUGUUUUUAUCCAACAGGCUGCAAUGCCAACCUCUUCUAUGCUGAUGCGCCCAAGCCACAGCUGGAAGUCCUGACUGAUGCUUUCUGGGACUAUGUCGCCAAAGCCACUCAGACAGCUGACGACACCCUCGAGAUGAUCAAACAGUCCCAGUUUGGACAGGAAGUGACGUAAGUCUCGCACAAACAUGGACAUAAUUUCGCUGGAGAGCAUGAAGACUAACUUUUAUCUCCUUUCAUUGUUCACGUGUUUAGAGCUCGUCUCACAGAGGGGGCAGACACCGCUACACUGUAUGCCCAAAGAGUCCAGCAGCAGCUUCCCCCCACAGCCCAGGACAUGAUCAGCACAGUCUCCAUGGAAACCUAUGCUCUGAGAAUGCGUUUGGAGAAGGAGAUGGAAACUGUCAAGGAAAAGCUGGAGCCCCUGACCGCUGACAUGAAGACCAAGAUCCAGGAAAGAGUGGAGCAGCUUAGACAGGAACUGGCCACCUACACAGAAAAUGUGGACUCUGAGGCUUUGAGGACCACUCUGCUGGAGAAGACCGAGGAACUGAGGACCUCUCUGGAGCAGAGCGUGAAGGAUCUGCAGAUACAGCUAGAGCCCUUUACUGAGGACAUGAGACAGAAGGUGGACCAGCACCUGCAGGACUUCAAAGAGAGGGUGGCACCUGUGGCAGAGAGAGUCCAGGGUCAGCUGACUCAGAAAGUCCAGGAGAUUAGAGAUAUGGCCUCCCCCUAUGUUGAUGGGCUGAGGGGAAAAGUGGACCCCCUGACCAAGGAUGUCCAGGAUCGCCUUGCCGCCCUGUACGAGUCCUUUGUCAAAACCAACUAA